GAUGCAGUAUCAUUUUCUGAACCAUAUUUCUGAGGUUCUACAAUGUCUUCUUUGGUGGUCUUGACUACUCUUUUGGGCCUGUUUACUUUAAAUCAGGCCACUCUGCCAGGCUGCAAGGAGCUCAUAACGCCUCUAACCCUGACGGAUGAAUUCAUCCUAAGUGUCAUGGGUAAAUGGAUCUUCCUUGAAGGCAUAGCUGAUCACCAAUUAUUUACAGAUAUCUUGAGGACUGUGAACAGCUCAUGGGUGGAGUUUGGCCCGAGCACUCUUGCAAACUCUUUAACCCUCAGUCAAGGGAACAUGCUGAACGGAAAAUGUGAAUUUAGCACCUCCAACACAGUUUUUAAAGAGGGUACCUUUCAUGUCAAUGAGACUGGCACAAUAACAGAGGGGAAGUUCUUGCCAUCAUGUCCGGAUGGUAUCACCUUGAGCUUUGUCAGCCAAUUCAAAAAUGAGACCAUAAAGUCGCUGUACUUUUUCAAGAGAGAGAGCAACCCGACAGAGUCUGACAUGGACAUGUACUGGAAGCAAGCUGAGUGUCUUGAAUUCAAAAGAGAAACCCAGUACUCCUAUGAUGGUACAACAGAAUUCUGUCAUGUGGACAAGGACAGCUCAUCUGACAAGACGCCAAGUUUGGUCAAAUCAGAUCAGUAAUGUGGUUAAAAAAAACAAAAAACAAAUGUAAGAACAACUAUGACAAAAAGAAGAAUGUGUGAAAGAAUCUCUGUUAUUCAUCUUUGUGUGUAUUUUUAAUAAACAGGGGGGAAAAAAUAA